AUGCCUAUGCACCCAGUCACCUCCACCUUAAUGUAUCGGGGUGUGUGCACCAUUCCGGACAUCCUCGCCUACCGCGACCCGGUCAACCUGCCCGAGGAUGAAGUCGAGGAGAUCCGAGAGGCCUUCAAGGUGUUUGACCGCGACGGGAACGGCUUCAUCUCCAAGCAGGAGCUUGGCAUGGCCAUGCGCUCGCUGGGGUACAUGCCCAAUGAGGUGGAGCUGGAGGUGAUCAUCCAGAGACUGGACAUGGAUGGGGACGGCCAGGUGGACUUUGAGGAGUUCGUCACCCUGCUGGGGCCCAAACUGACCGCCGCCGGCGUGCCCGACAAGUUCAACGGCACGGACUUCGACUCCGUCUUCUGGAAGUGUGACAUGCAGAAGCUGACCGUGGAGGAGCUCAAGAGGCUGCUGUAUGACACGUUCUGCGAUCACCUGACCAUGAAGGACAUCGAGAACAUCAUCAUGACAGAGGAGAACCACAUCGAGAACCCUGAGGACUGUCAGGUGGAUAUCGACACAGCCAGUCCCACGCAGCAGGUCAAGCAGACCUGCGUGCGCAAGAGCCUGAUCUGUGCGUUCGCCAUCGCGUUCAUCAUCAGCGUCAUGCUCAUCGCGGCCAACCAGGUGCUGCGGAGUGGCAUGAAGUAG